GAUUUCUGACUUCUUUUUUAAAAGUGGGAGGAUUUUCUUCCUAAUUAGAUUUAUUUAGUAGUUUCCUCUUCUUUUUGUUAAGACAGAUUACUCAGUAACAUGCAGUGCAAUACGUUUUACAACCCCAUAAUGUUAGUGUCAAGAUUUUUAUUAGUUGUCCUUUGUUGCUGUUAUCUCUUCUGUCCUUGUCUAACGUGCGAAGGCGAUGCAAAAUUCCCCUUCGACAACCAAAUAGAAGACAUUAAUGCAACUAUUCCAAACAUAUUUUUGUGUCGAAUGUGUGGCCUUUCUCAGGAUGAUGGGGGAUCAUUUUUAGACACUGCCAGUCCAUUUAGUUUGAGUGUGAGAAACGAAACCAUUGUUUAUGAGCAAAGAGCCACCAAAGUUGUGAAAACCGUACCUGUGCAAAAAUUGAAAAACCCAGCGGGCAAUGUUUUUGAUGUAGUCACUUUGAAAAAUUCUUCUUGUAAAGGAGUUGGCAAGUGGGUCUCAGAUUCUACUUGGUUCCCUGGAUACAGUUGGAAAGCCUGUGUUUGCAACAAGUGCGGUCGUCAUUUGGGGUGGAUGUUUGAAGUCAAUUCAGCAGUUAAAGGAUCUUUACCUACCCAACCUACCAAAACUGGUUUCUAUGCCUUGAUUCGUGAUUAUAUUUUAACAGAGUCAGUAGCCCAAACAUUGACGUACGUGCCAAAAAUCUUCAGAGAAUAG